AUGACCGUGGGAUGCAAGGUCAUUGGACAACCGAAUACGAGGCCCACGCGAAUGCGAGCAGCAGCCCCAUCCGCCGUCUGGACUCUGCCCGCCCAGGCCCAGCCACACAAUACGCCGCCGUCAGGUCAACGAGUUCGAAACGCCCCCAACCUUUCUCCAGUGACACUCCCCAUCAUGCAAACCUUUAGUUCUCCCUCUGUACCCAAAAAGCGGAUGCGCCUGGGGACAAGAAGCUGCGCGGAAUGCCGUCGGCGCAAGGUGCGCUGCAUCUACCUUUCUAACAGCGAGACUUGCCAGCAGUGCGAGGCGCACUGUACGCCAUGCCAGAAGCAGGGAACUCCAAAACAGCAGGCUGCGAUUUCCAAUGGUGAUUCAGUCAAAGGUCUGAAAGACCGGGUACAACACCUGGAGAGAUUGGUGGGCCAGCUGUGUGGGGGUCAGGGACUCGUGCCUCACGCUUCAGGGAGGAUGAGUCCCGCUGCGGCCUUGAGCGUGCUUUGUCCGACAUCCGUCCGAAAUGUACAGACGGGGCUGUUGAGUCGUGAUGCUGGCACGGAAGGCCAGCCGGUUCCUUCUGAUGGUCCACUUCUCGGCUUGAUGUACGGGGCGCUUGCGAUCGAAAGUACGGUGCAGUCGCCGGGUACCAUCAACUCCAGGGAGGGCCAUGGGAGCCAGGCAUUUUAUGCGCUGAAGGCACUCUCUCUGCGAAGCGAGGAUUUACAACUCGCUCUCGCAAUGACGGAAAAAUACUGGCCUCUCUGGCCUAUCCUGCCGCCGCGCUUUAUCCAGGUUGUUCCCUCGCAGGGUGGUGCGCUUGAUAGAAAGACGGCGUUGGAGUUUGUGCAGAGCUCUUUCCAAUCUUCCAUCCCAGAGGUCAUGGCAAAGGGUGUACUAUGGCUCGCCCUCUGUAUUCAACAACUCCCAUCUGAAUUCGACUUUCGACCACAUAACCUCCCUUGCCACCGGUCAGUAUUGCUAGAAGCAUACAUGGCAGGCGCCGAAGACCUGCUCAGAUCGCCACACGAUACACAAACAACAACUACAUUCCUAGAAUGCCUCAUGUUGCAAACGAAGCUGUGCAUCAACAUGGCCCGCCCGCGCAAAGCAUGGCUGACCGUUCGCCGCGCGCUCGAUUUCGCCCUGCUGCAGGGGGCCCAGCGCGUACACAGUGGCCCUCUCUCGGAAACAUUGCGGUCACUCUGGCUGGAGAUCUGGGUAUUCGAUCGCCAGCUUUCACUGGGUCUCGGACUGCCGAAUUCGGUGCCCGAUUCGUACGCGGGCCUGGUCAGCCUGCCGGACGGCGACUUUUCCGUGUGGAUGUUUCGUCUCAUCGGUGCGGUCGCGGGGCGCAUUAAUGACAGGAAUCUGAACAUCGCCAACGUGGACUAUGCGGUGACGAUGGAGAUUGAGCGGGAACUUGUAGAUAUGCGCGAUCGCAUGCCUGCCGAAUGGGAUCUACCCAAUACCGAGGAGAUGUGCCUCGCCGACGUCUUUACCAAGCAAGUCGGGAAGUUCUACCUCAACCUCUUGCUCAAGAACCUCCACUUCCCGUACAUGGUACGAGGCCCCACAAGUAACAUCCAACAGGCACACCCACACAGCCGAGCAACCGCCGUCCAGGCCGCACGGCGGAUGAUUGAGCAGUACCAGGGGUUACGGCGCAGCAAUCAAGGCGCACUGUUGAUCUGCGACAUUAUGGACUUUCACACGUUCACGGGGGCGAUUGUGCUCAUUGUCCAUUUGAUCUCGCCGCCCGACGCAAUAAUGGGCGAGCGGGAUAUCCAGCAAGAUGGGCAGGAUUGGAUGCAGAUCCAGGAACUCAUUCAGACGUUUGAACACCUCUCGCUGGCAAUGACGUGCGCCGUUGCGAAACAGGCCGCUGAUCUUCUGGGGUACCUCUACGCUGCUGCGCAUGGGUUCUACAGUGGGGAUCCCUAUGAGGUGGUGAUUCCAUACUUUGGAAAGGUUCGCAUCAGUCCGCCUACUCGGGAACAGCAGCAGCAGAACUCAAGGAGUGCAAGUACUAGCUGCAUUGGCGGCGAUCUUCAAGUCUCAUCUCCGAGCCCGUUUAGCUCAAUCGAGUUUAACGCGCAGACAUUCUGUCCUCAGGGGCUGAAUACAAUGGGAUUUGGAGGAGGCGAGCUUGGGACGGAUUGGAGCUUGUUCUCGAGAGUUGAGGUUGAUGCGGAUUGGACUGAGGUUUUUACCAUUCCAAUGAACGAUAUACCUUGA